GCUGUUCUCGUGAUAGUGAGUGAAUUCUCACAAGAACUGCUGGUUUUAUAAGGGGCUCAUCCCCCUUCGCUUCGUAUUUCUUCCUGCCACCUUGUGAAGAAGAUGCCUUGAUUCCCCUUUGCCUUCUGCCAUGACUGUAAGUUUCCUGAGUCCUCCCCAGCCCUGUUAAACUGUGAGUUGAUUAAACCUCUUUCCUUUAUAAUUUACCGAGUCUCAUGCAGUUCUUAAUAGCAGUAUGAAAAUAGACUGAUACAUUUGGAUUUUCUAUUUCUUUUUGAGUCUGUUUUGGUAGUGUCCUUCUAGGAAUUUCUCCAUUUCAGAUAGGUUAUUUCAUUUAUUGGCAUACAGUUGUUCAUAAUAUUCCAUUCUGUUAAUUCCUUACUGGGAACACAGGCUAUUAUUGUUUUUCAAGGCAGGCAUGGAGUUAGGGAGCAGGAAUAAGGGACUAGGAUAAGUUAAAACAACACAAACCUCACUGUUGUUGUGUUUUUGUUUGUUUGUUUGCUGUUUGUUUUUUACCAAGAUUCAUCUGUUUUUCUUGACCAAACAUUCCUAGGGUUACUGAAAACCUUUGGUGGAUUUGCAGAGUUCUGAAAGAGUAGAUUCUGAUAAUUUUUUCUGGAUUUUUCAUUGCUUUUAUGGAGGGAUGAACUUCUGGAGGUCCUUACUCCACCACUUUUUUGCUGACAUCACUCUCAGUGUGUUUGCAAAUGUCUAGAGCCAGAGCACUGACCCAAAUCCCAUUUGGUUACGGUGUAUAAUACUUUGUAUAGAGUUCUAGAUUCAGUUUGCAGUAUCUGUGGCCCCCAAUCCCAUCCCUGCAGCAGGACAGGCUGCAGAAUGGGUGGUAAGGUUGUGCAGAGAUUUAGGAUUUGGGCUCAAUCAGACUCUAAGCCUCUCUCAAUUUCUAGCCUUCGACGUCCACUUUUAUAGUAAAUAUUUGUUGAAUUGAUUAGUACUUGGUAAACUUGUGCUUGAACUUCAUUUACAAAUUAUGUUGUACAAAACACUUGUGCCUGUAGCCUCCUUUCCAGCAUUAUAUGUGACCCUUGGAGCCCUAAAUAAAUGUUUCCUCCUUACAGAAAACUGUGGGUCUGCAUGAGAGUCCUGGAUUCUAGUGUUGAGGAUUUCCACAUGGAUGGGCUGAGUCGGGAGUGGUGAGAGGAGCCUAGGCCCCAUCACAUUGACUUGUAGCUGCUGUAAGAACAUUUUCUGCAUAAGUUUUCUUAAGCAUUCAGCUACCUACAUCAGAGAGUCAGCGGUAUUCCUUACUCAUUUUGGCUCCUCUGGGCUCAGCUUCUCCAUGCCCUUUAGCUCCUGGGGCCACCUUUAAAAUCUAUUUGUUGAAUUGAUCAGUGUUGGGCAACUUUGGAAUUGGGCUGCAUUUACAAAUUAUAUUGUACCCAAUGCUUGUCAUCACUUGACUGCCAGGGUGCUUAAUGAGCACCUCCUCCUGUUGGGACUUGCUGGGUGAGUGUGUUCCUCGGUGGCGUGUAGGCCUGGUAUCUGAGUGCCAGUGAGCCCCUCCAAGGCUUUCUCCCACCCUAGUUUGGGAGGAUCAGUGCCCUGCUGUCUUUAGUUGACGGCUGCCAGCUCUUGCCUUCGGAAGGCAGAAGAAGAUACUGCUCAAGCUUUCUGACCUUUCUAGAAAGGUCUUUCAGGGAAACGGAGUCAAUGUUAAAGAUUUCCACGAGUGCUCCGAAUCUUUAUUGUAUUGCUGACCAGGGUCACCUUGGCCACAGUUUGGAUGCCGACCGUGGGUGCUUAUGAGUCACAAGGAGCUUUGCCAGUCUCUCUGGGUAUGGGGGACAUGCUGCCUUCCUGGUGGUUUCCACCAGGUCCCUCUGCGUCUGUUCCCCUGGAAGCUGGAGGAUUGCCUUUUCUCUAAACCUCUUUUGGGGUGCCUGAGCAUUUGUUGGCCAGAUCCAGAUGAUCGGCUCUGCCCUGGUCUGGGUGCUCCAGGGUGAUGACUGUGGCAGAGGCUCUCGGAGAAGGGAGCAAAGCAGCAUGUGGAACUGUGCGGCUCCGGUCCUCGGUUUCUUAACCGAUGGCAGGGAUCCUAAAGGCGCCAGGUCCUCCCCGUCCUCCUCCGCUGACUCUGCCCCCCUCAGUGUGUCCAGGGGCACAGGCUUGCCUCCUGGCAGGUGGCAGCUGGAGACCUCCUGGGUGUCCUGCCGCCACUGCGGACCUCACCUCAGUGCUGUCUGGGGCCUUCCCAGACCAGUCCCCUCCCAGCGGGACCCAACCCUGCCAGCCUCAGCUUUCAGGAGCUGCCCCCACGGCGCAAACAAUAUGCUUUCUAUUUGGAGUUGACUCUGCUGCCCUUUGGAGAUCCCAGCGCGUAACGUGAGCUGGCGACCAGCGCGGGGGAGGCGCCCACACGCCCGUCCCGUCGCGGUGUCUGGCCCGAGGCUGCCGCGCCGCCCCUCCGAGGUGGUCCCUCGGCCCCUGCACCAGGCGGCCCGCGCCCGUGACCUCGAGGCGGCUGCCCUGCGCCAUGGCGGCCCGGCUGGGUGCGCUGGCCGCGUCGGGGCUGUACCGGCGGCGCCAGCACCGGCAGAGCCCGACGCCCGCAGCGGGCAACAUGUCGGAUGCCUUGGCCAAUGCCGUGUGCCAGCGUUGCCAGGCCCGCUUCACCCCCGCUGAGCGCAUUGUCAACAGCAAUGGGGAGCUGUACCAUGAGCACUGCUUCGUGUGUGCCCAGUGCUUCCGGCCCUUCCCCGAGGGGCUCUUCUAUGAGUUUGAAGGCCGGAAGUACUGUGAACACGACUUCCAAAUGCUGUUUGCUCCAUGCUGCGGAUCCUGCGGCGAGUUCAUCAUUGGCCGCGUCAUCAAGGCCAUGAACAACAACUGGCACCCGGGCUGCUUCCGCUGCGAGCUGUGCGAUGUGGAGCUGGCUGACCUGGGCUUCGUGAAGAAUGCCGGCAGGCAUCUCUGCCGGCCUUGCCACAACCGUGAGAAGGCCAAGGGCCUGGGCAAGUACAUCUGCCAGCGGUGCCACCUGGUCAUCGACGAGCAGCCCCUCAUGUUCAGGAGCGACGCCUACCACCCUGACCACUUCAACUGCACGCACUGUGGGAAGGAGCUGACGGCUGAGGCCCGUGAGCUGAAGGGCGAGCUCUACUGCCUGCCCUGCCAUGACAAGAUGGGCGUCCCCAUCUGCGGUGCCUGCCGCCGGCCCAUUGAGGGCCGAGUGGUCAACGCGCUGGGCAAGCAGUGGCACGUGGAGCACUUCGUCUGCGCCAAGUGUGAGAAGCCAUUUCUGGGGCACCGGCACUAUGAGAAGAAGGGCCUGGCCUACUGUGAGACUCACUACAACCAGCUCUUCGGGGACGUCUGCUACAACUGCAGCCAUGUGAUUGAAGGCGAUGUGGUGUCGGCCCUCAACAAGGCCUGGUGUGUGAGUUGCUUCUCCUGCUCCACCUGCAACAGCAAGCUCACCCUGAAGAACAAGUUUGUGGAGUUUGACAUGAAGCCCGUGUGUAAGAGGUGCUAUGAGAAGUUCCCACUGGAGCUGAAGAAGCGGCUGAAGAAGCUGUCGGAGCUGACCUCCCGCAAGGCCCAGCCCAAGGCCGCGGACCUCAACUCUGCCUGAAGGCCCUCUUGCACGGCCGCCUCUCGGCCCCUCCGCCUUCUCCCCUCCCGCUGUCCAUGCUCAGCCCCCUCGGCCCGGUCCACCUGCGCCUUCCGCACCUUACCCUCCCCUUCUCCCUCCUCAUUGCCUCCUCCCUUCCUGUUCCCUCAUCUCUGCCUUCCCCAUGUCUCUCUUCUCCUUGGCUGUGGCUUCCCUCCGUGAGGCAGGAGCUAGGGAGUGGGAGCCUGUGACCCCACGUCUCACAGCCACGGCCACCUGUGCCCACAGCUUCCGCCCACAGACCUCCAGGGACAGGAGCAAAUUGCACCACAGUUCCCCGCGUGGCCCAGGCUGGCCCUCCCCAGGUGGCUCGGUGGCUCGUGCUGUCCUGUGACAGCCCCUGCCCCAGAGCAGCCCCACUAAGUGCAUGUGGCUCCUGGGCCACCCACAGCCAGGGCAGCCUGCUGGAGCCACAGGGCCAGGGCCACGCAGAUGGAGGCCUCUAGGAGCCACCUGCAAUCCCUCUCCACUCAUUCAACCAGUGGCACAGUGUCCCUGUGCCCACACUGAGCCAGCAAGUCCUGCUGUCCACACCCACAAGCGCCCUGGAGGGACAGGACCCACCUCCAUCCCUCGGAGGGCCUUCCCGGAGUCCCACCUUGGCCACCCCCGCACCCAGCUUGGGGCUUGUGUUGAGCCUUUGGGUUGGGCCAGGGUCCAGGAGGUGGUGGGGUCGCAGGUGGCUUGUUAGCACCGCCAGGGAGGACGCUUCCUCUGCGGCCGGCGCAGACCUGGUGCUGGGCUCACGCUUGCACAAUGAAGGCUUGUUCACACGACCACA